GGCAGUCAGAAAGAGCGGUGGAAACCGCCGUGAUGUGAGGGCAGCGCCCCUGCCCGGGAGCCUCCUCAGCCCCUGUGGCGCCUGCAUCCCCUUGCAGUUGUUCAGUCAUGGGUCAAAUCUUUUAAGUGAAAGCAGCAAUGCUCCACAAGCUACCUUCUUUUCACCACUUCAGAAAGUUAUGUUACCACCAAAUACCUUUCAAGGAAAAGUGGCCUUUAUUACUGGUGGAGGUACUGGGAUUGGCAAAGGGAUGACUACAACUCUGUCCAGUUUAGGUGCUGAGUGUAUUAUAGCAAGCCGGAAGAUAGAGGUUUUGAAACAAACAGCAGAGGAAAUUUCUUCGAAAACAGGGAAUAAGGUUCAUGCAAUCCAGUGUGAUGUGAGAGACCCAACUGCUGUUAAGAAUGCCGUUGCUGAAUUAAUCAAGGUGGCAGGAUAUCCUGAUGUUGUGAUAAACAAUGCAGCAGGAAAUUUUAUUUCACCUACUGAACGUCUUUCUGCUAAUGCAUGGAAAACCAUAACGGAUAUUGUUCUCAAUGGUACUGCAUUUGUCACUCUGGAAAUAGGAAAGGAACUAAUUAAAGUACAGAAAGGGGCAGCAUUCCUGGCUAUUACAACCAUCUAUGCAGAGAGUGGAUCAGGAUUUGUGACGCCUAGUGCCACAGCCAAAGCUGGGGUAGAAGCAAUGUGCAAGUCUCUUGCAGCUGAAUGGGGUAGAUAUGGCAUGAGAUUCAAUGUGAUUCAACCAGGUCCAAUAAAAACAAAGGGUGCUUUUAGCCGUCUUGAUCCAACUGGCAUGUUUGAGAAAAAACUUAUUGAGAGGACCCCUUGUGGCCGUCUGGGGACUGUAGAGGAAAUUGCAAAUCUUGCCACCUACCUCUGUAGUGAAUAUGCAAGUUGGAUUUCUGGAGCAGUUAUUAGAAUGGAUGGUGGAGAAUAUGUUUCUAUGGCAGGAGAAUUCAAUGAUCUGAGGAAGAUUACCAGUGAGCAGUGGGAUGUGAUGGAAGCAAUGAUCAGGAAAACAAAAGGUUCCUAAAAUAUUCUUUUCACCAUGUGCCUUACAGAUGAUAUUAUUAAGAAAAUACCACUGGCUAUAAAUUACAUGCAUAUUAAGCAAUGGCCUUUCAAACGUAUUGUAACAAUUCUAAUAAAGCAUUUUGAAAUUGACAUGACUUUGAAUGUGGCCAUAUAUGUCUCAUACUUUGAAUCACAUUUGUCCAAAAGACAAAUUAAGAAUUUUAAUUCACACAAAAUGCACUACAACUUUGAAUAAAGUGUCUUAAAUGUC